UUAAUAUAUCUCCUACUUUUAUUGUUGACAACCCUGCUCAAAACUGUGUUUAUGCCACCUAUCCAUAAUUAUAGAUCUUAGGUCUAAUUUAUUAGAUCUGUUUUUAUUUAUUUAAAUGAUUCGACAAGCCAGAAUAUCUUUGAUUAGUUUUGCUGCAGGGGCUACAGUUUUACUAUUCCCUGCAGUAUUUCAUGUACUUCCCUUCAUAAGAUUUAUCUGGGAAGACUUUUGGCAUGCAAUUUUGAUGAUCCAUUUUUUAAUCUGCAAUGGAGCUUUCUCCGCAAUUUAUGUUCAUCAAAGAGAUUCAUACCGGAUUUCUGUUCGUGCUGGGAAUCUUGGAUUUGUGUUUGGAUUGAGCUUCCUUAUUAGCAUUUACAGUCAAUCAUGGCAGCACUUUGGCUGGUAUAUGAUGGCUUUGACAUUUUUCCACUGGUCAGAAUAUGAAACUACUGCACUGACAAACCCAUCAUCAUUGACACUUGAGUCUUUUCUGUUAGAUCAUAGCCGAGAGUACAAGAUGGCUGCUGCUGCUAGCUGUGCAGAAUUUAUUGUGGAAGGUUUGGUAUUCCCAGGCAUGAAACAUCAGAAGUGGAUCAGCACGUUUGGUUUGAUUCUGACUGUAGGUGGUGAGCUGUUGCGUAAGGCUAGUAUGUUCACGGCCAGGACAAAUUUUAAUCACCACAUCCAGCAUACAAAGCAGGAUGGCCAUAUUCUUGUUACAAGAGGGGUCUACUCUUUGUUCAGACACCCAAGUUAUGUCGGCUGGUUUGCAUGGAGUAUUGGAACUCAGAUCAUGUUAUGCAACCCCAUCUGUCUAAUAGGAUACACAAUAGUUUCUUGGCGUUUCUUUAAUGAAAGGAUAACAGAAGAAGAAAUUUAUCUUUUGAAUUUCUUUGGAGAAGACUAUCUAGAUUAUCAGAAAAAGGUUCCGACAGGUAUUCCCUUUGUUCGUGGUUACAGGCAAUAUUUGUGAUAGUUUGUCUAUAAGUAGAGUAUGUUUGAUAUAGGAUGAAGUGAGCAGACUUGGCAAACAUGAAGCUUGUUAUUGUUGAGUGUAUGAAUUAUUAAUUCUUGUUUAUAUUCGACUUCAUCUGAUAUUUAUUAUUUUUGAUGGCUUCAUUGUAAUAGCUGGAUUGGUUUUAUAUAACUGGUCACAAUUAUAUGAAUGCAUAGUAGAACAAAUUAAAUUAUGUAUGCAUUUACAUAACUUGCUAAUUGAUUUUUAGUUGCAGUAUUUCAUUUAAAGAAAAUGUUUGUUUUUUUUUUGGAUUUUCGUAUAACUGAAUCUGUCUACAUGUAUGUUUAAGUCAACACCUUUUUUUUUAAUCUCAUGUUUGAAAUAAGUAAGUUCGACAAAGUUUUAUUUAUCUGCUGAGACUCAUCUUUUGUCAUGUUAUACAUGUUGAAAAAUUUUAAUUUUUAGUAUAACUUUUUAGCAGUCUAUUUUAUUAUUUUUGUAUUUUUACUUAAAAAACAACAACCUAGCAGCAGGAUAAUUCUAACCUUCUGCUACAUAGUGAGGUGUAAUGGUUUGAAUGUUACAAGUAAAAGUAAAGUUCCCUUUCAGACCUUGAGAUCUAUGGGGCAGAUGAUGUAAAGGUCAUCUGUUUCUGUUAACGAGGGUGUAAUGUGGCCAGCACAAGGACCAACCGCCUUUACUUAUACCUGACAAAUGUCAGGUACCAAUUAUAGCUGGGCGGACUCAGAGGCGACCAAAGAUCCAGAAAUUAAAAAUCCCAGUCUUCACUGGGAUUUGAGCCCUGGUCCCCAGGUUCAGAAGCCUAAGUUCUUUACCUCUCAGUCACAAUGCCUACCCAAUGUUAUAGGUGGGGAAGUAAAUUUUUCUGACAUUAAUGUUAUCUGAUCUAUGUUGCUAACAUUGCCAAUGAAUGAUUAGAUGAAAGAUGCAAAGGUUAAUUGUGGGGAUUCUGAAAGCAUAGGUAGGCCUAUAUAAAGGAGCAGUAAAAAAAUAAAAUUAGCAUUUUCAUAAAUGAAACAUCGUGUUGUUAGUGUAUGCUAGUCUACUGGUAUAAAAAGUUUUGUUUUUUUUCCAUUUUGGUUAAUCUACUUUAUGAUUGAUUGAGCAAUGCAUGCCUCACUUUACUGACAUCUACUGCAAUUUUAUUUUCAUCAUUUAAGUAACUUCUCAUUUUGACAGGGAAAAUUUAUUUCAGCCCAUGUUUUAAAAAUAUAUAUAGUUCUAACUAAAGUUUUUUUAUUGUAAUAAACAAUGAGAUUUUAAGCGAAAUCUAGAUAUCUGAGUUUCCUUAUAUGUCAGGAUUUUAUUACAUUGUCAGCUUUAAUCUUCACAUUCAUACAAGUGCCUGAUUAUAUUUUUGUGUCAUUGUUUAGUCAUGAAUAUCCAAUACAAUUUGAUAUGAUCUUUA